CCGCAGCAGCCCCCAGCCUGGCUGAGACACACUCCCCUAGGUACUGCAGCCGAGGGGCUGGCUCCUUCCUACCCAUGGGUCAGCCCUUAUCUCCUCCUCCAGGAAGCCCCCCCUGAACCAUCCAGCUAGUGCUGUCCGCCCCGUUAUCAUCCAUCUCCAUCCAUCGCCUUGCCCCGUUCCAUCACAGCCCUCACUGCGGCCUCCCUCUUCAUGCUGCCUUUGGAGACUGCCCUGGGGAGCCUGCACUCCAUCAGGACAGGCGCACCGGAGUUGUCCCAGAGCCGGUCUGUGAAACUGGCUUUCCCCAGAGACGAGCCCGAGAGGGAUGUGAAGGCCCACAAUGACCCUGUUACCGGGAGACAACUCCGACUACGACUACAGCGCCCUGAGCUGUACCUCGGACGCCUCCCUCCACCCGGCCUUCUUCCCGCAGGGCCAACCCAUCAAGGGCGUGUUCUACCGCAGGGCCCAGUGCCUGCGGCCCCAGGCGGACCCCCGCCAGCCUAGCCCGCCGGGGGACCGCCGCCGGCAGAUCAUCAUCAACGUGGGGGGCAUCAAGUACUCGCUGCCCUGGACCACGCUGGACGAGUUCCCGCUCACGCGGCUGGGCCAGCUCAAGGCCUGCACCAACUUCGACGACAUCCUCAACGUGUGCGAUGACUACGACGUGACCUGCAACGAGUUCUUCUUCGACCGCAACCCGGGGGCCUUCGGCACCAUCCUCACCUUCCUGCGGGCCGGCAAGCUGCGGCUGCUGCGGGAGAUGUGCGCGCUGUCCUUCCAGGAGGAGCUGCUCUACUGGGGCAUCGCCGAGGACCAGCUGGACGGCUGCUGCAGGCGCCGCUACCUGCAGAAGAUCGAGGAGUUCGCCGAGAUGGUGGAGCGGGAGGAGGACGACGACCCGCUGGACAGCGACGGCCGCGACAGCGAGGGCCCGGCCCCCGGCGCCGGCCGCCUGGGCCGCUGCAUGCGGAGACUGCGCGACAUGGUGGAGAGGCCGCACUCGGGGCUGCCGGGCAAGGUGUUCGCCUGCCUGUCGGUGCUCUUUGUCACCGUCACGGCCGUCAACCUCUCGGUCAGCACCUUGCCCAGCCUCAGGGAGGAGGAGGAGCAGGGCCAGUGCUCGCAGAUGUGCCGCAACGUGUUCAUCGUGGAGUCGGUGUGCGUGGGCUGGUUCUCGCUCGAGUUCUUCCUGCGCUUCAUCCAGGCGCCCAGCAAGUUCGCUUUCCUGCGCAGCCCGCUGACGCUCAUCGACCUGGUGGCCAUCCUGCCCUACUACGUCACCCUGCUGGUGGACGGCGCCGCCGCCGCCGGCCGCCGCAAGCCCGGCGCGGGCAACAGCUACCUGGACAAGGUGGGGCUGGCGCUGCGCGUGCUGCGCGCGCUGCGUAUCCUCUACGUGAUGCGCCUGGCGCGCCACUCGCUGGGGCUGCAGACGCUGGGGCUCACGGCGCGCCGCUGCACGCGCGAGUUCGGCCUCCUGCUGCUCUUCCUGUGCGUGGCCAUCGCGCUCUUCGCCCCGCUCCUCUACGUCGUCGAGAACGAGAUGGCCGACAGCCCCGAGUUCACCAGCAUCCCCGCCUGCUACUGGUGGGCCGUCAUCACCAUGACGACCGUGGGCUACGGGGACAUGGUCCCCAGGAGCACGCCGGGCCAGGUGGUGGCGCUGAGCAGCAUCCUGAGCGGCAUCCUGCUCAUGGCCUUCCCGGUCACCUCCAUCUUCCACACCUUCUCGCGCUCCUACCUGGAACUCAAGCAGGAGCAGGAGCGCGUCCUGUUCCGCAGGGCGCAGUUCCUCAUCAAGACCAAGUCGCAGCUCAGCGGCGUGUCCCAGGACAGCGACAUCCUGUUCGGAAGCGCCUCCUCCGACGCCAGAGCCCCGCGCUGAGCCCCGGAAAAGCCGCUUCGGAGGGCACCAGGCCCGGGGGGGGGGGGGCGCGCCCGGCCCGCCCCGGCUGCUUUCCCCGCGCGCCCCGCCCCUGCCUGCUGCCCUCACUAAGGACGCGGCUUCUCCUUCCCACCCUGCGACCCCUGCGCCUGGCGAAGGCUGGCUUCGUGGGGCUGCCCGCAGAGAAAAAUACAGCAAGAGCAGCGACCUCGCGGCUGCCUGUCCGUG